CUUGGCUUGCAUUACCAAUAAGGCUGGUCCUGGGUUUGUUGUUGGCAAGAGCUGAGGUGCUGCAUUCAAAAGUCUGUUCCUUUAGUCUGUGUUUUUCAACUACCAAAAAACAAUAUGUCGGCCAAAGCAAAGGACAAGAAGAAAGGUGGCACCAAAAAGAAGGCUCAGAGAGCAACCUCCAAUGUUUUUGCCAUGUUCGAUCAAGCACAGAUCCAGGAAUUCAAAGAGGCGUUCAACAUGGUUGACCAGAACCGCGACGGCUUCAUCUCAAAAGAGGACUUAGCUGCAACAUUUGAUUCGUUGGGGAAGCUAGUCAAUGAUCAGUUUCUCGAAGAAAUGUUAGGCGAAGCAACAGGUCCCGUCAACUUCACUAUGUUCCUGACACUAUUUGGCGAGAAAAUCAGUGGUACAGAUCCUGAGGAUGUCAUACGACAUGCUUUUGCUUCGUUUGAUCCGGAAAACAAUGGAUUCAUCGACGAAAGCAAACUAAAGCGACUUAUCAUGGGACUUGGUGAUCGCUUCACCGAAGACGAAUGGGACAUGAUGAUGGACGAUUGCCCUGUGAACAAGAAAGGAGACAUCCUGUACAACGACUUUGUACAUCUCAUUAAAUACGGACCACAGGAAGACUAAAUCCACUCCAUUUUUUAUUAACAGACAUUUAAAAGUUUCAUAUUUUGUAUUAGUUUAGAUUGAUCUUAAUGCAUUACUGGUAUCGAAUUUAAGAAUUGUGUGAUUUUCAAUUUUCUCAUUGAAUAUUCUCCAAAUAAAAGCUCUUUUAUUGUGGAUGCUCCGAGAGCAUCUUUCAUAAGUCAAAAAGACCAUGUUUUACUCCUCUAAACAUAGUCGUAUUAUUUCAGAAAUUUGCAGUUAGAAAUUGCUAAGGAGAGCGUCGGGUAGGGUGAUAUAUUUUUCAAAGGGCGGAAAAAGAUGGGAAGAUUGGAAAACAGAUGAGGCUGAACACAUGCUGGGACUAAUCAAUUUUAUUUAAAGUAGCUCCUUGUAGUUCUUAUAUCUGAAUACAAUACGAUCUGAUUUUAAGUCGAUAAAUACUUAAUCCCUUCUUUAAAAAGCUGGAUCGAUCAGGUUUUCACACCAGAUGCUGGACCAUAAUUAAGACGUUUUAGCUGAAUUAGCAUAUAGCGUUACCAUAGCAACCAUAGCAAUGACUUUUCAUUUUGAACUUUUGACUUUUGACUUUUGAUUUUUAUUAUAAUGUACCAGAAACAAGCGAAUAUUACCUCGUAAACCUGCAUUAUAUGACACACAACAAGUAAAUGAGUGAGACAACUCAAUCUGUUUAAAUUGGAAUGGAUAGCAUGUGUGAACGUUAACUUCCAUGCAAAAUCCGGCCUUGUUUCGUAACAGCUGAAAAUGAAAGAAAAACAGUGAUAAUAAGCCGUGAAAUAGAUAUUUUUACAAUAACUUACAAAUUUCUCGCGCGCUGAUUGACUGAUUCUCUUGCUGAUUUUUAUCAUCAAUAAGUGGACAGACAGAUACAGCUGUCGUCAUCGCUCUUUCCGUUGGUUGUUUUUAUCGAUAGAAAAGUGAUA